GUACCGGCCUCCUCCUGCUUUUGCGUCUCUCGGCUGUGCCUGUCACUCUCCAGCCAGCACCAAAAUGGUGAAGCAGAUCAAAAACAAGAAUGCUUUUCAGGGCCUGAACAGUGCAGGAGAUAAACUUGUAGUAGUUGAUUUCUCAGCCACGUGGUGUGGACCUUGCAAAAUGAUCAAGCCUUUCUUUCAUGCCCUCUCUGAAAAGUAUACUAAUGUGGUGUUCCUUGAAGUCGAUGUGGAUGAUUGCCAGGACGUUGCUUCACAGUGUGAAGUCAAAUGCAUGCCAACAUUCCAGUUUUUCAAAAAGGGACAAAAGGUGGGUGAAUUUUCUGGAGCAAAUAAGGAAAAACUUGAAGCCACCAUUAAUGAAUACGUCUAAUCACAUUUUUGAGAACAUUAUUCAUCAGUUGUAAUUUUUUUUUUUUACAAAAAAUGAGAUCACAUAUGAAGACUAUAUGACCAACUACCAUUGAUUGUAACAAUAAAUAUUAAUUGUACCCUUUUUAAAAAAAAAAAAAAAAAAGAA